AAUUGAUUUUGCUGAAUAUGCUGAAUUUGAUAUUCAAGGGGAAUAAAAUUUCAUUUAAUCGGCUUUAGUCAGAGAGGAAGCUUAGAAAAACGAAACAAUCAUCUCUGAAAAAGAAUUUUAAAAUUCAGAAGGUAAAUAGUGACAAAACAUCUACUAUUUUAAAGUUUAGCUUCAUCAAUUCAAACUUUAAACAACAAAAUGAGCAAAACAGGCAAGGAUAAUACGCAGGAGGAGGAAUAUUCAGUCGAAAAAGUCUUACAAAAGCGAACUCGAGGAGGAAAGGUUGAAUAUUUCCUUAAGUGGAAGGGUUACACUGAUGCCGAUAAUACAUGGGAACCCGAAGAGAACUUGGAUUGUCCUGAAUUGAUUGCAGCUUUUGAAGAAGCACAUAAAAAGAAAGAAACUACUGUAAAUGAAACCAGAAAACGCAAGUCUGGUUCAAUUGACGCAGCAAAACCGUCUGCAAAAAAGAAGACAGAUCGUAAAGAAGGAUUCGAUCGAGGUCUUCAACCAGAAAGAAUUGUUGGAGCUACAGAUACAUCCGGUGAAUUGAUGUUUUUGAUGAAAUGGAAGGACACAGAUGAAGCCGAUCUUGUUCCAGCUAAACAAGCCAAUGUUAAAUGCCCACAAAUUGUCAUUCAAUUCUACGAAGAACGCUUGACUUGGCAUUCUAGCAACAACUCUGAAAAGAAUUAAAACUUAUUUCUUAUUUUUUGACCAUCUAUUUUUUUUUCAACAUAAGAGGAAUUAAUUAAACAUGAAAAAAUUAUUCUCAUUUAAGACAAUGUAAAUUUUAAGUUUCGCUGAUACAUUUAAUAAAACAUUCUAUUAAUUCCAUACACA